AUGGCCGUGAUCUCACUCGCGGUACAAUUAGCGGGGGGAAUCAUCCAGCUAUACGAUUUCUGGGGUUCUAUUAGAGAUGCGCCUUCAGAAGUCGCCGAAAUGCUAUCGGGCUUGAAAAUGCUUUCAAAUAUACUCAAUGAACUCGUUACUCAAAAGAAUCCCAGUCAGCACGUUAGGGAUGCCUUGGAACAUUGCGACAUGAAAGUGCAGCUUCUCCAAAGUAUAGUGAGAGAAUUCGAGCCAAACUUUGGCUCCAACUCCCGCAGAGUCCGAAUGUGGAGCGCGUUCAGAGCUGUGCGAAAGAAACAGAAGUUGCAGCGAUUCCGCGACUCACUCCAAGAGACUAAAACCACUUUAUUAAUUACUCUAAUGCCUCACUUUCAAAUGCCACCAGUACAUAUUGAUGUCAAGCAAUCUGAGAGGUACGACAAAGAUAGUAAGCCUCACAUAACAUCAUCAUCGGCAGAAAAACCAGAAUUUUCCAAGCUACCUGCGGAUAUACCUGCAUUAGCACUUCAUGCAUCUGUCAAAAGCGCCCUGCAACUGGCAGCUGAAAACUAUUUCCAAAGUGGUGCUUUUGCAAAGGCGAUGAGCGACACAGUACAUCGGGUGUCCACCAUACAGACGACCUACCGACACAGCAGAGCCAGUGAUGAUGCAGAAUAUGAAAAUGGGCAGUCGUGGGCGGACUCUGGCUAUAGUUCUGCGAACCUGAUUCAAUCAAUACCGCGAGGGUCCCGAUCACGCAUUUGCUAUCGAACAUCUGCAACAGGAGUUCUGUUUGGAACAAUAUGGUUGAGGACCACGUCGGUGCGAUUAGGCUCUGGCUCUGGAAGGGGUGGGAAGGAAAUUGACGUCGUUUCAUCUUUCACAUUUUUUCCGUCUUAUUGGCUUACAAAGGCCGGGCUCAAUUGUGGGAUGGAAGCAAAUGUCUCCACAACUCCAACUGGAUGGCAGUUCAACUUCAACCCAAUAAGAGCAGUCCCCGAUGACUCUCCAAUAUUUAGCGCUUGUCGAAAAGGUAACCUUUCGGCUGUACGGUUUCUGCUGACUGAAGGGAAAGCGUCAGUCAAGGAUACAAAUUCCAAGGGAUGGACCCCUUUGCAUUUUGCGGCUGUGGCAGACUCACGAACCAAUAUACGCGUCUGCGAAUACCUAAUUUCAAGGGGAGCAGACAAAACAGCACUAGCAUUCGAGGGCCCUUCUGAAAAUGCCCUAUCACCCGUCACGGUAUUCUCGGCCACCAACAAGAAAAAAUCCGCAGAUCUCAAGAUUGCAAUGCUCCGCCUUUUCGAAGACUGCGUCGAUUUGUCUGAGCCGGACAGUGAAGGUUGGACAAUAGUGGGCGAUCUUGUCAGCUCCUUCAAUCAAGAGGACUCCUCUGUUCAUUCAAACAGCAUAAUUUGGUUUUUGACCUCGCUUAAAACAGACUCAAUGGUUGGAUGGGGCCCAAAAACCCUAUGGCACGGCCUCCAGCAUGCCGUUCGCUCUUUUGUAGACAUAGCACGAAAGAACAAGCUUGUGCAACGUCAACUUGGCCUUAUUGUCGGCGGUGAAUUCCCAGGGUCUUAUGCAAUGGCAAUUGGUCAUUGGGUAGCACUGCUGACUGCUGGUAAGAAACUUCUCCCGAUGAUAGUAACAGGUGGUUCGAUCUGGCAUAUGGAAGGAUUUGACUACGAUCGGGAGUCAGAACCUGAUCCUGUAGUACUUGCAAAGAUGCGACCUUAUAUUUAUACCGAGUGGUCAAAAGCUUUGAGGGCAAACCUUGAAAGAGCAGAUGAGGUUUUCGACACGGUACUGGCCACGAUUCUCGAAGAAUUAAACUGGUCUCCAGACAAACUCAGAAGUUUGAAAUUCAACAAGCACGAGCAAGAAGACCAUCGACUACGCUGUUCGACUUGCAACGAUGACUACAGCCUUCUCAAACUUGGUUUAGUUGAACCGAGCUGGAUUGCGUUUGUUGAUUGCACCGAGUUCCAACAUAGGUACAACUGCACAUGCCAAGAGUUCCUACAAAGUCAAGGGAGAUGUUCUAUGCCACCCGAUAUUGGAGGAGAGAGCUCACGACCCGAUUCUGAUUCAGAAGACGAUUUUUUCUACGAUGCCGGCUCCCAGCAUGGGGAUGUCGAAGGGAGUGCCUCCAACGACCAACCCUGGUUUUCGGAAUGCAGUAAGUAUAUCCAGGAAAUUGACAACGAAAAUAUCCACGAUCCUUUUCAAGAGGUUGCAUUACUUUUGUAUCGGUGUCAAGCAAGACUAUGGCUAGGGGUAUAUGAACCAGGACAGCGGUUUUGCGGAACGUGCUUCUUAAGAAGUGAGGGAUACAUGGACGAGGAUGUGACAGAAAACGGGGAUUUUGGGUCAUCUAGGCCUAACGAGUCGUUUAAUCCUAGGAAGACUUGUAAUUAA